AUGCAGAUCUUCGUGAAGAUGUUGACCGGCAAGACCAUUGCCGUAGAUACUGAGCCGGAGGCAACGGUUGAGAGUGUCAAGAAACAGAUUGAUGAGCGUGAGGAAAUUCCUCCAAACCAGCAGCGCAUGAUAUUUGCUGGCAAACAACUGGAAGAUGGCCGCCAACUACAGGAAUACAGCAUCAUCAAAGGAUCUACUAUUCAUCUGGUCCUGCGUCUCAAGGGUGGAAUGCAGAUCUUCGUGAAGAUGUUGACUGGCAAGACCAUUGCCGUAGACACAGAACCUGAGGCAACUGUGGAGAGCGUAAAGAAACAGAUCGAUGAGCGUGAGGAAAUUCCUCCAAACCAGCAGCGUAUGAUCUUCGCUGGUAAACAGCUGGAAGAUGGCCGUCAGCUACAGGAGUACAGUAUCAUCAAGGGCUCUACUGUUCAUCUGGUUCUGCGUCUCAAGGGUGGUAUGCAAAUCUUCGUGAAGAUGUUGACUGGCAAGACCAUUGCCGUAGACACAGAACCUGAGGCAACGGUCGAGAGUGUCAAGAAACAGAUCGAUGAGCGUGAGGAAAUUCCUCCAAACCAGCAGCGCAUGAUAUUUGCUGGUAAACAACUGGAAGAUGGCCGCCAAUUACAGGAGUACAGUAUCAUCAAGGGCUCUACUGUUCAUUUGGUUCUGCGUCUCAAGGGUGGUAUGCAAAUCUUCGUGAAGAUGUUGACUGGCAAGACCAUUGCCGUAGACACAGAACCUGAGGCAACUGUGGAGAGUGUCAAGAAACAGAUCGAUGAGCGUGAGGAAAUUCCUCCAAACCAGCAGCGCAUGAUCUUCGCUGGCAAACAACUGGAAGAUGGCCGUCAGCUACAGGAAUACAGUAUCAUCAAGGGUUCUACUGUCCAUCUGGUCCUGCGUCUCAAGGGUGGUAUGCAGAUCUUCGUGAAGAUGUUGACUGGCAAGACCAUUGCCGUAGACACAGAACCGGAGGCAACUGUGGAGAGUGUCAAGAAACAGAUCGAUGAGCGUGAGGAAAUUCCUCCAAACCAGCAGCGCAUGAUCUUCGCUGGUAAACAACUGGAAGAUGGCCGUCAGCUACAGGAAUAUAGCAUAAUCAAGGGUUCCACUGUUCAUCUUGUACUACGGCUCAAGGGAGGAUUGCAACUCAUUAAUUGA